AGAGCGCGGGCUGGCGCUGCCGGGCGCGGCGAGCCCGGAGCACCCCACGGACGGCGCGGGACGCGCCCCUGCCACACCCACCCCGCGGCCGCUGCAUGAGGCUUCCAGGCGUCCGCCCGCCGCCCGCCGCGCCCGGCCGGAGGUUCGCCCGCUGAGGCGCGGCCAGCGCACCCACCUGCCAGCCUGCGCGCCAUGGGGCAGCCCGGGAACCGCAGUGUCCUCCUGCUGGCGCCCAACGGCAGCCACGCGCCGGCCCAGGAAGCCGCUCGGGAAGGGGACGAGGCGUGGGUGGCGAGCAUGGGCAUUGUCAUGUCGCUCAUCGUCCUGGCCAUCGUGUUUGGGAACGUCCUGGUCAUCACGGCCAUCGCCAAGUUCGAGCGUCUGCAGACCGUCACCAACUACUUCAUCACCUCCCUGGCCUGUGCUGACCUGGUCAUGGGCCUGGCGGUGGUGCCCUUUGGGGCCAGCCACAUCCUCAUGAAAAUGUGGACUUUCGGCAACUUCUGGUGCGAGUUCUGGACUUCCAUUGACGUGCUGUGCGUCACGGCCAGCAUUGAGACCCUGUGCGUGAUCGCGGUGGAUCGAUACUUAGCCAUCACAUCCCCCUUCAGGUACCGGAGCCUGCUGACCAAGAGUAAGGCCCGGGUGGUCAUUCUAAUGGUGUGGGUUGUGUCUGGCCUUACCUCCUUCUUGCCCAUCCAGAUGCACUGGUACCGGGCCACCCGCCAGGAAGCCAUCGACUGCUACGCCAACGAGACGUGCUGCGACUUCUUCACGAACCAAGCUUAUGCCAUCGCCUCCUCCAUCGUGUCCUUCUACGUGCCCCUGGUGGUCAUGGUCUUUGUCUACUCCAGGGUCUUCCGGGUGGCCAAAAGGCAGCUCCAGAAGAUCGAUCAGUCUGAGGGCCGCUUCCAUGCUCAGGACCUCAGCCAUGUGGAGCAGGAUGCGCGGGGUGGCCAUGGGCACCGCAGGACCUCCAAAUUCUGCCUGAAGGAGCACAAAGCCCUCAAAACGCUGGGCAUUAUCAUGGGUACCUUCACGCUCUGCUGGCUGCCCUUCUUCAUUGUCAACAUUGUGCACGUGAUCCGGGACAACCUCAUCCCCAAGGAAGUCUACAUCCUCCUGAACUGGGUGGGCUACGUCAACUCCGCUUUCAAUCCUCUCAUCUACUGCCGGAGCCCAGAUUUCAGGAUUGCCUUCCAGGAGCUUCUGUGCCUGCGCAGGUCUUCUUUGAAGGCCUUUGGGAAUGGCUGCUCUAGCAACAGCAAUGGCAGAACCGACUGCACAGGGGAACAGACCGGCUGUCACCCGGGACAGGAGAAAGACAGCGAACUGCUGUGUGAGGACCUGCCAGGCACCGAAGGCUUUUUGAACUGCCAAGGCGCAAUUUCCCACAUGUUCUCCCAAGCUCUUCCUCUCAGCUCCCCAGGGCUUCCCACAACAAACCUGCGUGCUCAGGCUGCGGGCGGGCUGGGCAGCUGGAACGCGAACUGGACAUGCCUUUGGCUGUGUUUGUCAGCCCAGCCCCAGUUCCUGCGGCCAGAGCAGAGGGCUUCUGCUGUUGAGGUGGCCCAGGCCUGCCUGCAACUUGCCCAUCUGGCCUAAGGAGACGAAACCGUCCUCCCAGCUCCCCUGCUAAUUUACUGGACCGGACGAGGGGGAAAGCCCUUCCCCUCUGUGCCUCCGUUUCCUCAUGCCUGAAAAUACCAGCAAUUACAGUAUCUUUGUUCCACGUGGAACACUUUGCAUGUUGCAAGAGUCCCUUUACCUGUGACUUCUUGUUUAAUCCCAUUACCACCCAUGAGGGCAGGGACACAGCAGGUAAGCCAGGCCUGCAGCCCCCUCCUCUCUCUCCAAGCUCAGGACUUUUUGCCCAACCCCGCAACCGCCUGUCUCUUUAAAAGGAAGACAUGGGGCAGAGUAUCAGGUCUGCGGUGCUUCUGCUGCACAGACCUGCUUCACUGCCGUGGCCUCGCCUCUUGGCCCCUCGCUGCCCCCUCUUCCUACAGAGGCCCUCUGCUCCUGGGAGCCUGGGUGUGGUGGGCACACGCAGCUCAUGUGGGCCUCCCUGCGCAGCCGGAGGGUUAGGUGGGAGACGGUCCCUCCUUAAAGUCUCCCUCCGAAUCCCUGAUUAGAAGAGGCACCAUGAGUUUUCCUGCCCUUUUCUAUUUGUUUUUCUCUCCCCUGAUCUGUACAUGUGUGUCCCACCACCAAGUACUCUGGGACAUGGAAUGUAUUUGGUAUUUUUUUCCUUUCCUUCUUUCUUUCUUUGCAGUUCUUUUUGGCAGAGGGGUCAAGCAAAUAAUAAAGUAUUUGUGGAAUCCAUCAGUUCCAUAGACAGCUAGGCCGAAUGUGGAACACAGAGAGAGCUCACCUGAUCCAUUUAAUUGUUGCUUAGAAAAGUAAAGAUGAGAGCGUUUAGGAUCCAGAAACCAUUUUAGGUGAGGGAAUUUCCAGCAUAUUCUAGAAUGCUCCCAACUCCCUGCCUACCUUUCCCACCAAUCAAAGACUUCUCUGAUUUCUCCAGGUAAAAUUAAUUUCUCCAUCAUGCGAAACUCCACCUUGCAUCUCAGUGGUCAUGCUUCUAGUUAACACAUCAUUUUCUGUGUCACUUAGCUGGUUCUUUUGGUAGAUUGUAAAUCCUUCCAGUAGAAAGACCAUUUCUUAAUCACAC